CAAAUCUUUUGGGAAUGUAUGCGUCAAAAAGAUGUCAAAAAGUCCGUGCAGUGAGUCAAGAAACUUCCAUAUUAUAAAAUCAAUAUUUUUCUAGAAGCACAAAAGCUUGCUUCGAAACAAGAUGAGUAAAGCAGAAGAAGACGAAGAAGAAGAAGAAGAAGAAGAGGUAAAAUUAACACCCGAGUCGUCGAGUGCCAGUUCCCAUGGCAACACGGAUACGCACAACAUGGAGUUCCUGCAGUGGAGUUGUGAGGAUGUUGCGGGAUGGAUUGAGUCAAUAGGAUUUCCACAGUAUAAACGAUGCUUCUCAGAGAAUUGUGUCACUGGCAGGAAGCUGAUCUUUGUGGAUUGUGCCCACAUGCCAAGACUUGGAAUCACAGACUUUAAAGACAUGCAGGGCAUCGCGGCACGUGUGCGGGAGCUGCUGGGCAUCACAGAGGUCCUGUGGAGCCGCAGCAUUGCCGAUCCGCCGCGGGACAUUCAGGGUCUCUUCCUAGAGAUGAAGAGUCGCACGGGUGUGAAGACGGACGAGCUUACCACUGAGCAGCUCGUGGAAGACAUUCGUCACUGAAGAGACAACAACGUCGACUGUGAUUAAUCGAUUACCUGAGAACUAAUCGAUGAUCAAAUUAUUCGACAGCUAGUUUGAUCAUCGAUGAACUGUUUAGAGACAUUUGAGCCACUCUAAAUGAGCAGUAUGGCCAAGCAUUGCCAGGUCUGUGUAACGUGAACACGAUAGAACAUGGACACCGUAAAGGGGUUAAUGCACAAUAGCUUCUCCAUCACUGUGUACCGUAUUGCGUCGAGCAACAUGGAGAAGAAUGAAAGACAUUUUUUAUGUUUCACACUUGCUGCUGUUGUGUCCCAUACGCUACAUGACCUCAAGGGACAAGCCACUUCUUGAGCAGAAACACCAGAACAUAACAAUGGCAACCACCACUCUCAGUAAUGGUUGCCAAAACUACCAAUGAACCAUUGCGGGCGUAACGCUUAAUAAAUAAGUCGCUACAGUAAUAAUAUCCAGAAGAAAUGAAUCGCUUUGUAAUUUUCUGGAAAGUUGUACAUUUUUGGGGAAAUCCAGCAUGUUUUUGUGAAGUACUCAAAGCCACAAUGUAUCAUCACAGCACACUUAAAUUUGUACAUGAAACCGUUUGAAAAGUUUAAAAAAACCUACUGUGACAUUGCAAUUGCAAGAGACGCGUCUUUUGUCCAAAAGACGGCGCGGUCGCUUCCACAAUCAGGGAUUUUGUAUGCUAAUUUUUGGAGUUUUUAAUUUUCUGAUUAAAUGGAGCCAUACAGAGAUCAAACCCAUCUAUGAACAUUCCCAGAAACAGUACGACUGUAUAAAAUUUCGUCAAAAUCAGCCCAGCCAUUUCGGAGUCCAUAGGGAACGAACACACACAAACACACAUAAACAAAGUUCAGUUUCCCAUAAUUUUCGGGCUAUAAGCCGCUACUUUUAUCCCUCAUUUUGAAUCCUGUGGCAUAUAGUCCAGUGCGGCUUAUUUAUUGAUUCAUUUAACUUAUUUGCUCCCAAAAACUUAUAAAUACAUUCUAUUUUUAAUUGUUUCAGUGUCCCAAAGACGUAUUUAUACGUCUUUUACGUUU